AUGGCGACCAGGUCGUUGUUUAUGUGUGUUUUGUUGGUCAACUUAUCAUCGGCACAGCCGUCCGAUUCUUUAGAAAGCCGACUUGAAAAGAUGGAGCAACAGUUUAUCCAAAUGAAGUCGGAGCUACAGACGACGAGGGAUGACCUGGAGGCCACGAGGUCACAAUUACGAGAUUAUCAGGCUAAAGUGGAGGAAACUCGAACAGAAAUGGCAGUUAUGGGCCGUAGUCGCCGUGUCAUGUAUGGUCAAAAAACGGCAUUUUCUGCUCAAAUGAGACCUAGCAUUGACCAUCUGGUCAUCCAUCAAACAAUCGUCUUUGAAUCCGUGGUUCUGAAUGAAGGGGGGGCUUAUGACAACCUUACAGGAGUGUUCACGUGUCCUGUCGAGGGAGUGUAUUAUUUCUCUGUCUCCAUCAUGUCUUGGACAGACGAGGACAUCGAGACGGUACUGGUUGUAAACGGUGGUCGAGUGGUGUCUAACUAUGCCGCUGGUCAGCAGCACUUCAAUGUGGGCUCUAGCUCUGUAGUGGUAAGGUUAAAGGUCGGAGAUAAGGUCUGGGUACACGUUGUUCCCAGCCUCAAUAACCCUCCCAAUAUACGAAUGAUUGGUAGGGGCUGGACAACCUACACCGGCUUUAUGAUCUGAAUUGUUUGUUAGUUCUUCACAAAUAAAUGGA